GUCAGAGUUCAACGACUUCACUUGUCAAGAGAAGACACUGUUUUUAAUCAAUCCAUGUCAGUUCCAGUGUAUUUUCGGGAAUAGUGCUUGAAUUAAUUAUAAUGCAUACAUAAUUGUAUGUGCUAAACAGAAUAUUGCAUGCGGCUUCCGCUAUGGCCCAUACACAGGUAGAUUGAGAGGACUAUCAGCCGAAGAGCCUGUAACACAUGGGCUAUGGAAGCUGUCAACUGGUUUUGGUGAACCAGGCUAUGCCAUUGAAUGUAUAGAUCCAAGUUUACCAGCAUGGAUGAGAUUCAUCAAACCUAUAUAUACUGAUGAAGAACAGAACAUGAGACUGCUAGAUGCAGGUGAUCAUUUUUUCUUAGAGGUUACCAAAGAUAUACCAACUGGUAUGGAGUAUGCCCUAAUGGGGAGGGUACUUAUCACUGAGAAUAUCGGUGAUAAUAAAACUCUUGCACCAGAAACGAUAUCUAACAACAAUACAGCAGAUAUUGGAGGGGGUGACAUUGGUGGUGAUGAAGUUUCAGCUCCCCCAGCAAAAAGACGCAAAUACAAACCAAGAGCAAAGUUGGAUACAUCUAGUUUACAGAUAUCUGGAAAGAGAUCGCAUCGCUGUACACUGUGUGGAAAAGUGUUUGUUUCAUCUCAGGCCUUUAUGAGACAUAGGCAUGAAUGUGAUUGUGGCCGUGGCAAACUUAAAGAGAAUAUUGAGGGCGUAGAACCAGAUGAUGGUGAAAAAGAAGAUGCUGACGCUGUGGAUGAGGAAGCAUCUGAAGAGGAAGAAUCUGACUCGCCACCUCCACGAAGAGCACCAAGAAGGGGUAGGCGUAAGAGAAGAUUGAGACGAAGUAUGCGAAAUGAUUAUGAUUUUGAAUGUGAUGAAUGUGAUAGAAGGUUUCUUAAGAAACAAGGCUUAGUUGAGCAUAUGAAAAGACAUAUUGCAGAUAAAGAAUUUGGAUGUGGUUCAGCUGAUUGUGAUAGUAAAUUCUGUACUCUUGGUGAACUCAACUUACAUGUGAAAAGCAAACACAAAGAACAUGUAUAUAUGUGUGUGCCAUGUGAAAUAAACUUUUUUACAUUAGAAGAAUUGAAAGAUCACAACAGUACACAUGAGAAACCCAAGAAAUUCCUAGACGACUGUAUCCCACCUGUGAUUGAUGAGACACUGAAGUAUAUAUGUGAAUACUGUGAGAGACCAUUCCCUACUAUCUCUUGGUUGGAAGCACAUAGAGAUAAACAUACUUCUACUAACAUUGCAAUUUUUGUAUGCAAGUACUGUAUGGAGGCAUUUCGCUACAUAACUCACUAUGAAGAACAUAUCAAGACUCAUCAGGAUAUUAGAAGGCUAGAUCAACUACAGGCUGAAAAGUUUCGCUGUGAUAAUUGCCUCAAAGAGUUUCGAUCCAUGCAACAGCUGGAAAAACAUGAAAGAAUGUUUGGAGAAGGUCUUCAAAAGAAACCUACAUACAAGUGUGAUCACUGUGGCAAGAGACUGACUCAAGCAGGAUUAGAAAACCAUAUACAGAAGUACCAUCCAAAGGAGAAUGCAUUCAAGUGUUUAGAAAAAGAAUGUAGCAUGACAUUUAAAACAAAAGAGGAACGUGGUGAACAUUUAAAGGAGGUUCAUAGCAUAAAUCCAAAUCGUGCCUUUGUCUGUCCUAUAGAAAACUGUAAUAAAGCAUUUGCAUCAGAAACUACAAUGAAUUACCAUUAUCAAAGAGUACAUACAAAUCAAAGACCAUUUACAUGUGAGAUGUGUGGUAAAGGUUGGGUAAAGCUUGGUAAGCUAAAAGAACAUCUAUUAACACAUACAACAGAGAAAAAUGAACUAUGUGAUGUAUGCGGCAGAGCUUUUAAGACAAGACCUGAACUUAGAGACCACAAAAUAGAAAUGCACACAUCAGCUGGAAAGAUCAAAUUACAGUGUCGUUAUUGUCCAGCCACAUUCAGUCGUCGUAGUUCAAGAUCCUAUCAUGAGCGCCGACAUAAAGGAGAAGCUCCAUACAUAUGCCCUAAACCUGGCUGUAACAAAAGAUUCAUCGCUGUCAUAGAUUAUAAAAGACAUCUGAUUUAUCAUACAGGUGCUAAACUGUAUCGAUGUAAAUUCUGUGGGAAUUCCUUCACAAGGAGUGACUAUCUGAGAGGACAUGAAAAGAAACAUCAUAGCAAAGGUGAAGAAUAUGACGUGGGGCCUCCCAUUGAAGAAACUGUCAAUAUUAAGGUGCCAUGGCCUAUGGAUAAAGCUGUUAGAAUUCAAGGACAGAAUGUAAAAGUCAUCAUAGAACCAGAUCCAAGCCUCAAUAACCCUCAAGCUUCUCUUUGUGCAGAAGCCGUUGCAGCUCUAGGAGCAAUGGCAGAUGCCAAUCCCUCGCAUGUCCUAGAAGGCACAACCCACAUCCCAAUUUCUAGUGAAGUUGCAGCUGGUAUAAUACAACAAGUUGGUACCGAUGCUGCUGGCAAUGUGGUGCAAGUUGUUACAAGUGUUGGACAGCCACUAGCUACAGUUAUGCAACAUCUGCCACCAGAAGCAGUGCAGUCAGUUGUUGGUUCUGUAAUGCAGCCAAAUGUGAAUACUGGAGAAGUAGUUACUCAUUAUGUAGAACAGCAACAGGAAGAUGGAACUACACAAUACAUACAGGUGCAGGGAACACAGGUUCAAGUUUUACAGCCACAGCAAGCUGAACAACAGUAUGUGGAGCAACAAAACGGAGAGCAGCAGUUUGUAGUGCAGCCAACUGAAGGGCAGCAGUUUGUAGAGCAGCCAACAGCAGAGCAGCAGUUUGUAGAGCAGCCAACAGCAGAGCAGCAGUUUGUAGAGCAGCCAACAGCAGAGCAGCAGUUUGUAGAGCAACCAAAUGAUGAACAGCAGUUUGUAGAGCAACAAAAUCCAGAGCAGCAGUUUGUAGAGCAGCCAACAGCAGGGCAGCAAUUUGUGGAGCAGCAAAGCGCAGAGCAGCAGUUUGUGGAACAAGCGAAUGCAGGACAGCAGUUUGUGGAACAACAAAACCCAGAGCAGCAGUUUGUAGAGCAGCCAACAGCAGAACAACAGUUUGUAGAGCAGCCAACAGCAGAGCAGCAGUUUGUAGAGCAGCCAACAGCAGAGCAGCAGUUUGUAGAGCAGCCAACAGCAGAGCAGCAGUUUGUAGAGCAGCCAAAUGCAGAGCAACAGUUUGUGGAACAAGCAAAUGCAGGACAGCAGUUUGUGGAGCAACAUUACGUACAGCAGACACAAACCAAUCAACAACAGCAGUAUGUUGAGCAUGCAGUCAUGCAGGCACAAAAUGAGACUCAUCAAUUCACAGAUGAGGAGCAGCAACAAGCUGAAGCUAAUGCUGCAGAACAGUUAUUAGCUCAAGCUGAAGCUGCAGCAGUUGCUGCAACUCGGGAGGAUCAUCAUGAAACAGGAAAUACUCCACAAAAUGAAGCGACACAGGAACACGAACCACUACAAACUGUAGAUUUAGAAGAAAUUGCACAGAAUUAUAUGCAAGUUUAG